AUGGCGGCGGGGUUUGGCUUCUCUGUGGGCGACAUGAUCGCGGGUCUCAAAUUCAUCUAUGUUUCCUGCGAGGCCCUCAAGUGUGCAUCAGCCUCCCGAAUGGAGUAUCUUGCCCUUCGAACCGAGAUCCAAUCUCUCCUAACCGCCCUCGAGGCCAUUGACGAUCUUGACCUGGAGUAUCGUGGCACCGAAAAGCAGUGGACUGCCGUCAACUCUUCGAUCUCAUCGUGCAAAGCAUGCAUAGACGACUUUCUGGCAAAAACCUCAAAGUACGAGCCCUAUCUGCAGGACGGCGCAAAACGCGGAUGGGCGGCUGGAUACAGGAGGAUCAAGUGGGCAAUCUGCAAGAGGGAGGACGUUGCGCAGUUUCGGAUGCAGUUGGAGAGACACGCUUCCUCAAUCAACAUGCUGCUUAUUACGUUCCAGGCACAUGCCGCCGACAAGCCUCGGGAUGCCCGGACUGCUGGUGGGAUGGCGAUCGUGGCCCGCCCUGGCACAACAGACGAUGAGAAUAUUACAGCACUCCUCAAAGGACUCACAUUGGAGCAACGGCAAUUCUUCCAACUGCUACUCACGCAAAACCGACAGCUACAGCAGAGUCUAGACGACAUUCGCCACCUCGUGCGCCUCCAGACGGAAAUUCCUCCGCAGGUGACGCUUCAAAAACCGGUCAUACUGCUUGAUGCGUUUGGAAAAACUGCACCUUUCCACCUCGACUUCAUCGACUCUCUGGAUGCCUUUGUGGCCGUACUGAAAAUCAGAUCCGAACAAGCCGGUGUCCGAAUGGGUGGGCUAAAGAAACUAGACAGGCGAGAAUUCUGUAUAAGAGACACCCAGAGACGGAGAAGCCUCGACUUGAAUCGCCCAUGGACGAAGAUUUUUCGUCCUGGACAGAACGUCGAUAUGAGCAUGGUAUUUCGGCGGCGUCUAACUCCAACGAUUUGUCCCGAAUGCGGCUGCCAGAAUGACCCUUGCGUGGAGGACGGCGAGAUCGAAUGUGGGUUUUGCGGGUUGUGGUAUCAUCAUGUCCGAGAGGAACCGCAUGCCCAGCCCCUUCUUCCACCAGAGCCCGAUCCGGCGCCAUUAUCGCGGACGGUGACGGCGAGAUCGUCAGAGGUUGAUUCUUCAGAAUUGGAUGUGCAAGAACCAAAGUUUGCUGGAUUUCGCCGUGUUCGCAUAAUCUCAUUGCUAUUGAACCCUUCAACUGCGAAUAAACGCUCGCAGGACGUUAAACCAGACGCCCUCCGCGACCUUUCCAUUGCACAGCGCUCCCCGCUGAAUAUGGAGGAUGAACCACGACAAAGCUAUACCCGUUCCCCUCCACAAAAGAAGCGAAAUAUCCGAAUGCAGCCGCCAUUUCCCAAAACACCAAAGCAGAAAGCUCACCGAUCGAGUCUAAAGGGAGAGAGGCUGCAACUUCGCCACUUCGCGGAAGACCCCUAUGCUUCAGGUGAGGAUAGUAGCUCGAGAAAUAAUCCGUUAGAAAAAAAGUUUCGAUCUCACUGCUGGGCGAAGCCGGUUUUCUCACAUGUCAGCGAGGAAGAAGGCACUCUUCGCCCUCGAUCGCUGUCAGCACAUGGCCACCAAAAUCAAGAGCAAACAUUGGAUGCCGAAGACCAUGAUGGUCGUCGCGGUUUAGAUUGCGAUAUUCCUGGAUUCCGGAUGGUGUCUCCUGUGUCGCAGCACUUACGACUUCAUGAUGCCAAAUAUGAACCAGCCAUCACAAGGAGGCGAGAGGAAGUUCAGUGGACUCUGAUAGACUCAUGGAUACGAUGACUUUUACAGGAAAGUCUUUGUGUAGAUAUAACUUUUGAUACCCCUUUUCCAUUCAAAAAGCAAGGAGAGUUACGUUGCGCUCCCCGUUUUUGUUUACUUUAUCGGAAAUUUGCCCCGACCUGUUGUCCCACUCUUUCUUCAGAUGCACGUAUGAUAUGGGCCCAGCAAUAGCAUUGUGUAUCUUACCCUUGGGACUAUUCCUUGCCCUGCACCGUUAAUUGCUGUUCAGUUGGUGGGGGGCGGAUGAGAAGCAUGGGACAGUACGCACAAUAACUAAUGAUCAUCCCCACAUUGAGAAGGACACAUGCCUGUAACUAGUUGGACAGAUAGCGUGGCCUUCAGUCUCUGACUGCAUAAGGCCUACGAAAAAUAUGAUAUACACGCACACACAC